ACUUCCGGCCUUGGCUGCAAAGCUUGGUCUGCCGUCGGGGCUGGGUUUAAACUGCGUGUGCAGGUUGGCUUGGACAGUAAGCGGCUGUGCGACGCAGCGAAUGGCUAGGGACCUGAUCGGGCCGGCACUGCCGCCAGGCUUCAAGGUGCAUGCGACAGCUGAGGACGAGGAGCGGGACCCGAGCCCGGUUGCAGGGCCAGCGCUGCCCCCUAACUACAGAAGCAGCAGCUCAGACUCCUCAGACAGCGACGAGGACAGCAGUUCUUUGUCUGAAGAAGGAAAUCAAGAGUCUGAAGAAGAUGACAGUGGUCCAACUGCCAGAAAACAGAGGCGAAAUCAAGAUAGAGAUGACGACGAUGAUGGAUUUUUUGGACCAGCCCUUCCUCCUGGAUUUAAGAGGCAGGAUGACUCUCCUCCAAGGCCUAUCAUAGGUCCUGCCUUGCCACCUGGUUUCAUUAAGUCUUCACAGAAAAGUGACAAAGGCAGAGAAGAUCCAGGACAAGUGUCAUCAUCCUUCAACUCAGAGGAAGCAGAGAGCAGUGAGGAUGAGGACAUUGUUGGACCAAUGCCUGCUAAAGGACCAGUUAACUAUAGCGUGACAACAGAGUUUGAAAAAAGGGCCCAGAGAAUGAAGGAAAAAUUGACCAAAGGAGAUGAUGAUUCCUCGAAACCAGUCACAAGAGAGUCGUGGAUGACUGAGCUUCCUCCAGAAAUGAAAGACUUUGGUCUGGGGCCAAGAACCUUUAAGAGAAGAGCUGAUGACAGAUCCGGAGACCGAUCGGUCUGGACAGACACCCCAGCUGACCGGGAAAGGAAAGCUAAGGAAAUACAAGAAGCAAGGAAGUCAUUCAGUAAGAAAGAUGAAGAAAAUAUUUUGUCAGGAAGGGAUAAGAGACUGGCUGAGCAAGUAUCCUCAUACAACGAGUCAAAGCGAUCAGAAUCCCUCAUGGACAUCCAUCAUAAGAAGUUAAAGAAUAAGGCUGCGGAGGAUAAAAACAAACACCAAGAGAGGAUACCAUUUGACCGGGAUAAAGACCUCAAGGUUAAUCGGUUUGAUGAGGCUCAGAGAAAAGCCCUGAUAAAGAAAUCCAGAGAACUAAAUACCCGGUUUUCACAUGGCAAAGGCAACAUGUUUUUAUAAUAAGUGUACUUCAGUGAGGUACACUCGCGCUGACCAAUCUGACCCCCUCGGAAUAUCCUUUCUCUACAGUAAUUAUGUGCACAAACGCUUCCUUUUGUAAUAAAGGGUCUGCGAUUUUAUAAACUGUGACUUUUGAAAAUUUCAGGGUAAAAUGUGGUUAACUGGAAAAAAUAGCUUUGUCUUCACAGUGACCUAACGGGACAUUGCUAUUGGAAAAGCUGAGGGUUCCAAUGAAGAGAAAUGGAACUUCUCAGAGUGUGGUGUGCAACUUGAAGGGUCGUGUGCUCCACUGGAAAGAAAGAAAGGGAUUCUGGUAUUAUCUCUGUGUGCGUUUGUUCACUUGCUUGUUUGUUUUUUGAGACAGGGUCACACUGUGUAGUCUUGGCUGGCCUGGAACUCGCUGUGUAUGCCAACAUACUGGCCUCAAACUCACGGAUAUUCACCCACCUCUGCCUCCCAAGCACUGGGAUUAAAGGCAAGUGCCACCAGGCCCCGUUCGUUGAACAAAUUCACAAUUAGCAAAGAGUCAUUGCUUCAGAAGGCCUCGCUAAGUUUUUCCAUCUGGUGCACAUUUACCUAUGGGCCCAUCUGAUGAGCGCCGUGGUUCCUGCUUGUGUAAGGAGCUGUGUAAGAACUGAGGACUUGUGAACUAAGCCCCCCCAUGAUUUGUAGCAGUAUAAAAUGGACUCAAUAUUGAGAUGUGAUUUUAGAAAACAAUAUGAACUUUAAAAUGUUUCCAGCUCACUUAAUUGUUACCUCAGAGGGAUUGCCUAUGUCAUAUCUGCCUUUCCACCAUUAUUUUAUUUGUUAGGGAUGAUCUUUAAAAACAUACAAUUUGUCCUGUUCUGUGUGUCCUUUAAAGUACUAUGGGGACAGAUCACCAAUGUUUCUUAUAUAGACUAGACUAUUUUGGGUGCUUGUGGCUUCUCAUCAUAAAAUUAUUUUGAGUCCAUUCCCACAACACUCCAGUCCCCAGUGUUUUAUGGUGUUUUACAUGUUCUUAGUUCUGACUGGGACUGUACACUGAAUCUCUACCACAGCCUGGACCGUAUACACUGAAUCUCUACCACAGCCUGGGCUUUUUUCUCAAAUAUAUUUAACCUGCACCAAUGUGUCAGGUCUUUGCAAAUCCAUGAAUUUUAAGUUGCUUGCUUUAUCCUCCAAACUUCACCUAGUAAAUGCAUGGGGUUUUGUUCUUCCUGCCUUGGCGUGUUUGAUGCCUGUGAGUUUUUAUUUACCGUCUGAUAAGUUGUUUUUAUUGGUUUUUAAGGUAAAGAAGGCUGUUUGGAAUAUCUCAUGUUAAGCAAAUAUUCUUGCGAUUUUUUUAAACACAAGUAAAUAUAUUUUUAGGGAGGCAAUCUAAAGGACAUUAUACUCACCCAUUGUCAUCCACAUAAGGUCUAGGACGCCUGUCUUCAUGGUCUCACCAAGGCUGGCUGCAUCCUGGAACUUCUUAUGGAUGAUUGGAUUCAUAUCUGUACAGAAAGAACACUUUGUAGCUGGUUUACUGUAAAUCCUGGAUAGCUUUUUUUAAUUAACCAAAUAAUGACUGAAAAUGGGACAUCUGUAGUACCCAGAACCACACUAGUGGGAGUAAUGUAUGUUUUAGUGCUUUAAUCAAUGCUUCUUAAACUGUUACAGAAACUCCUACAUGGGGAGAGAAAACCUUAGUUUGAAUUCUAUGCACUUCCUGCAGGUUUUCUAGUCCAAUGAAACAUAUAGUUUUAAUGGAAAAGCAUUCUGAUUCCCGAUUCAUGUGAACUUUAUAGAAACUGGGCAAACUGUUGAGAUUACAGUAUAAAGUAUUUCCUCAUCGGGUCACAUUUUCUGUGCUUGUGUAAGCAGCCUAGCCAAGGACUACUGCUUUUAAGAACCUGAGUUAUUCUGAGCGAGCUGGAGAGACUUGUUGUCUGCAGAGAGUUAGACCUCUCUUUGACUAAAGGCAGUGGUAAUUUCUACACAUAAAACUUUUACACGGGAGUGUUAGUUUUGACUGGGUGUGGUGGUGCAUGCCCAGCACUCAGGGGGCAAAGGCGGGCAGAGCUCUGUGAGCUCCAGCCAGCAUGGCCUACAGAGCAAGUUCCAGGAUAGCCAGGACUAUGUAGAGACCUUGUCUUAAAAAUCCAAGAAAAAGGAGUAUUUAGUCUGUCCGUUUAAUUUUGUGAUUGUUUUUCUCCCCAAUGAGAGGGAAAAAUGGUUUUUAGCUAUGAGAAAGCCUAACAUAUUUUGUGAAAUUUGGUACUUUUUGAAGUUAAAAUACUAGAAAUAAAUCUUUUUAAAAGGAGAUGCUGGUCUGGAGAGAUGGCUCCAAAGUUAAGAGCAUGCAGUGCUCAUCCAGAUGACCUGAGUUCAGUUCCCAGCACCCACACCCAGUGGUCCUCAGCCCCUGUAACUCCAGCUCUGGGGGGUCUGACUCCCCUCAUGGGCCUCUGCAGUCACCUGUACUCAGGUACGCAACUCCACACACAGACACAUACUUGUAAAGAUAAAUCUUAAAAAAGUAAAAAAUAAUCCUAUCUGACAUUCACUGGCCUUGCUUUCUCAAUGGAAGGGGAUAGGAAUCUUUAUAAUGUGCUUGUGUUUCCUGUGGCCCCAGCAUGAGGGACAGGCCACCAACUGUACUGCCUCACGGAUGAGCCAGGGCUCUUUUCUGUCGCCCAGGUGAUAGUUGCAGCAAUGUGUGAGCCAUUUCCAGGGUGGUUUAGCCACAUGGAGACACAAAUCCCAAUUUACUACUGUGUGAUCGUUACAGAAAGGUGUUCCACCUGUCUUCCCCUCUCCUCCAAACUGCAGAAGGCCUGUUUGGACCCGUUCUCCUGGCCGUUGGCAUUCUCUGAUAAUGGACUUUUCUAAUAAAUACCCUACAUGUUUUGGCCAAGUCUCAUAGGGCCGAGGUGCCUUUUGUAAUGCAAAGAUGAAGCAAAGCACAGCACGAGGUGCAAGGGGAGGACACUGAUGCUCACCCCUGACGUGGCCGUCCAGCUCUCCAGCCUCUCAGCUGGGGCAGAUGACAAGCCUCAAACAGUGGCCAUGUUGCUGGUGAGCAGAUGGUGGCACUGUUGGUUUGGGUAGUGGGGGAAGGAGAGAGAGAGAGAGAGAGAGAGAGAGAGAGAGAGAGAGAGAGAGAGAGAG